AUGGCCGUCACCUCUAUAUUCUCUCCAGCUGCCCAUUAUCCAACAGCUCCUUCCCUUGAUGAUUGUGAUGAUCCUGCGGCCGCAUUCACAUUGCCCCCGGUAGCUUCAGCAGGGUCGUUGGCGCCAAGAACAAAGCGACGUCGUCUAGCACCGCCAUCACCAGCGAUGGGGGGUGGUCAAGAUCAUCAUCCGAUGAUCGCCGAGAAAAAGAAGGAAGCCACCUCCAUGGUCACUCGGGCCGCAGCUUCUACGAUCAAGACUUCGUCUUGCAGCUCGAGCUCAAAGAUCAAAAGGUCUAGUUGUGCGAAGAUCGCUGCUCGACCAUCCAAGAAAGAAGAAACGAGAAAGAAGAGGAAGACGCCGACGCGCGCGAGGAGAUACGCUAAAAAGUCGUCCCGCUACGUUGGAGUCUCGGGUACGAAUAAAGGCAAGCAAAUAUACGUUGGUUCAUGCAGCAAUGAGGAAGCCGGAGCCAGGAUUUAUGACCGAGCUUACAUCAAGUUCCGCGGCCAAAACUGCCCAAACUUUCCCUACUCGGAUUACGUGCACGAGAUCCCCCAGUGGAUCAAUCUGCCCGACAAGGAAUUCAUCACCAUGCUACGUCAAAUGAGUCGCGGCAAGUCGUUGAUCUGGUUUACACCCGACCUUCUUGGAGGUGACGCUGGCUUUCCACGCACGAGGGAGACUCGGCCUCGAGCAUCAAACUAUCGCGGAGUAUAUCGUCUCAAAAAGUCAAAAUGUCAAGAAUGGGCGGCCUCCAUAACGCUGGACUCUCGUGCGAUUCGACUGGGUGAGUCUUUUCAGGAGCUGAACUAUAAUAUUUGGUUUUUUAUUGUUUGUUUUGCAUUUCCAGGGGCAUAUGGGACACAAGAGGAGGCAGCAAGGUGA